AUGUCCCCAACUAGCGAUAAUUUUUCGGAAGACAAAACAAGUGGAAGUGAAUAUUUACCAUCAGAAGAUGAUUCUGAUACAUGUGACCAAUCAAACAAAACAGAUUUUAGGUAUAUCACUGAAAACAUCAGGCCAGUAAGUACUAAAACUGUGCGAAAGCGAAUCACAGUGAACAAAAAGAGAAUCAUCCGGCAAAAUAUUUUUACUCCACAAUCCAAUAUAAUGCCAGAUUCCACAACAUCUCCAUGCGCGAAUUUUAUAGCUUCAUCCCCUCCAUUUAGUCUGUGUAGUUCUAGCGAGGUUAGUACUCAGCAAACGUCUUCAAACAUACCUUCAUCAACUUGUCAUGAUAUAAACAGACCUUCAUUAAGUUUUCAUGAUAUGAACAGACCUUCAUCAAGUUUUCAUGAUUUGGACGAAGGAUCUGCUAUUGGUGAACGAGAACGUACCAUCAAAGUUAUUGGAGCUACUAAAGAAAAAGGAAAAUUAGUUCGCAAUAAAGGCCAAGCUUGCUAUUUUUGCCAACGAAUAGUCCAAAACGCGGCUAGACAUUUUGAGCUAUUACAUAAGAGGGUGGGUAAUUUCUACCACAACACCGAAGUUCUGGCUACAAAAAAAGGCAACCUAAUAUUAGUUCGACGUCCAACAGAAGAUGAAUCAAGAUUUUCGACCGCAACAGACUACGGACCUUGCCCGUUUUGUUUAGGAUUUAUGUUGAAAAAGCACCUAUGGCAUCACGUAAAAAACAGUUGUACUGCUAAGCCUCAAAAAGACGAUCAGAAUACUGGUCGGCACGUUAUUGCUGAGAGUCAUGCCUUAUUAAACGAUGCAUUUGGUAGAGAUUUCUCAACUGAUUUUGUUGCGAACAUAUUGUCCAAAUUACGAGAUGAUGACAUAGGAAUAUAUUGCAAGGAAGAUCAAUUAAUUCAACGAUAUGGUGCUAUGAUGUUCGAGAAAUAUGGAACCACACAAUGCGAACUAAUAAGACAAGGGAUGAGACAACUCGCUCGCUUAACUUUAAAGUUGCGUGAAAUUGACAAAUCAAAAAGGCAAUUGACAGAUUUUCUUGUACCAGAAAUGUUUGAUCUAAUAAUUCAAGGAACGAAAUCUCUAUGUGUCACACAUCAAAAUAUUGCACUAAGACCUGAAUUUGAGUUACCGUCACUAGCAUUGAAAAUUGGAAGAUCUGGGGAAGCCGCACGAAUGACACUUGUUGCCUAUUCGUCAAGGCCUAAAUGGUCUGAUCAAUCUACAGAGGAGCUAAAACAUUCUCUCACCGACUUUGAGAAAAAAUUAGCCGACCAGCUCACAUUAGUAGAAAUUGUCGGUAAACGAGGUAGAAAAGUACCAGUACUUCUAACGCAGGACGUUAAAUCUUCAGUGGAUAAACUCAUCCAGACCAGAGAAUCUCCAGGUGCGAUCAAGAAACCAAAGAUCGCUCCAGCCCUAAGGAAAUCCUCUGUCGUCCAGGUUGCACCAAGAGAGGCAGUAGCUAAGUCAAAAACCAGUGACCGACGCCCAUGGUCUUCUGAAGAAAAGGAAGCCGUUUUUCAAUUUUUCAAAAGUUCAAUCAAACGAGGAGUUGUACCUGGAAAAGAGGAUUGUACCAAAUGUAUACAAGAAACUGCGUUUGAAUUAGCCCAAAUGUGUGCCAGCAACAAAAUUAUCAUAAAAGAAAAUUUAAUAAGAAAAAAUACCAACCAGAAAAUGGAGGAUGAGAUUGAAAAGGCAAUCAAAUCAAUAAUGUCUCCCGAUCCUAAUUUCGAUCAGGAUCUGGAAAAAAAUUUGUGCCCAUCAGAAGAAAAAGCCCAAGUCGAAAUUAUCGACAUUUCAAGUCCUGAAAGUCCUGGAUGCAACACAAGAAAUGCUUCAAACUCAAACAAAGAUAUCGAAGAUAUGAACGCCGCACAGUGCUGCGGUUUUGAAUUCUAG